CGCACUGACUUCAGUGGCGCGGAGAUUUGUUUAGUAACUUUGGUUUCUGAGCCUCUCCGCCUGUCUGUGAAACGCGUGUUGCUUUUAUCGCUUUUAUUAACUCCGUCAGCUCACAACUUCAACUGGACACAACGAUGAUGCGUAAAAAGCGACGAUCCUCUGCGGAGAAAACGGAACCAACUGACACAACCACGAAGGCAAAGAAGAGUCGCACGAACGGCCGUCAGUCUAAACAAACCGUCCCUCAAGAGACGACUGAAGGUGUGUUCGGUGACUUUCUGAGGAAAGCGGGAGUCACCCUGAAAACCGGCGGAGCCCCCAACGAGAUCGCUGUUGACCAGGUGGUUUUCCAGAAGCGGAUCCAGCAGCAGCUGCAGAAGAGUCCCCGGUACCCCGGUAUCGUUCAGGAGUUCAUCACUGGACUGGAGUCUUUUAUAGAAGACACCGAAAGGUUCAGGAACUGUCUCCUUCCAUGUGUUCCACAACUGUCUGAUGGAGACUCAAGCUCUGCCAGCUCCUUCCAGGAGAGCCUGCUGCGAAUGCUGCUGGGCGUCGAGACGUUGCAGACUUCGAUCAUCAACACUUUGCUGGAGAAGCUUCCCGAGUUCAUGUUUGACAGUGCUGCUGACGGAGGUCUGGGCGUCCCGCGCCUGAUCAUCAACCAGCUGAAGUGGCUCGACAGAGUCGUGGACACGAAGGAUUUGGCCUCGAAGCUGAUGGAGCUGGUGUCCGUGGCGCCUGUAGAGGUUCAGCACGACAUCAUCACCAGUCUGCCAGAAAUACUGGAGGACUCCCAGCACGACGCCGCCGCCCGCCAGCUCCACUCUCUGCUGCAGGAGAACACCCAGCUGACCGUCCCCGUCCUGGACGCCCUCUCCAGCCUCAACCUCAGCUCCUUGCUGCUGACGGAGAUCCGCGGAGGUGUUAUGUCCACCCUGGCUGCCGUGCAACUGGAGGACCUUCCUGUUGUUGUGAAUUUCAUCCUUCACUCCGUCUCGGCUUCGGACGCUUACGAGGUGGUGUGUAACCUCCGGAAAAAGCUGGAGCUGGAGCAGUGUGUCCUUCCUCUUGUGCUGCAGGCCUCUCAGAGCCGCGUGAAGAGCAAAGCAGCAGCCGCGCCCACCUCCUCGUCGACGGCCGGCGGCAGUCAGGACAGCGUGGUGUUGAUACUGGACAGCGUCAAGUCUGCAGUCCGAUUCCAGAAAACCAUCUCUGAGGCCUGGAUAAAGGCGAUCGAGUCUGUGGAUGAAGUGGAGGACCACCGGGUGAUCGAUCUGCUGGUGCUGUUCAUCCUCCACUCCACUAACGCCAACCAGAGCCGCCGCGCCGCCGAGAGGCUGCUGAAGGCCAAAGUGCGGACUGGACUGAUCCAGGAGGCUCUGCUUCAGAAAACCUUCAGGGACUUUGCUCAGGUGAUGCGGGGCCAGUUUCCCUCCAUCCUGGCUUUAUCCCAGAGUCUGCUGCGCUCGCCCGACCCCUGCGUGGCGCCGUUUGGCGCCCAGAUGUACCGACACGCCUUCACUGCGUUUGAUUCCUACUGCCAUCAGGAGGUGGUGGGCUCUCUGGUGACCCACGUGUGCAGCGGUGUUGGCGGCGAGGUGGACAUGGCUCUGGAGCUGCUCUGUGGCCUGGUUCAGGAAAAACCGUCAGAAAUGGCUCUGUAUGCUGUUUUUGCCAAGGGAAUCCUGGACUACAUGGACAACCUCAGCCCCCAGCAGAUCCGCAGACUCUUCCAGUUCCUCAGUAGACUGGCUUUCGGGCAACAUCAGCAAGGAUCCCACAUUCAGGACGACAUGCACAUCGUGAUCCGCAAGCAGCUCUCCAGCACCGUGCCCAAGUACAAGCGCAUCGGCAUCAUCGGCGCAGUGAUGGUAGUCGGCAGCAUGGGGGCGCUCCGGCCCAAAUUAAAGGAAUCGCAGAACGAGCCGCUGAGCCAGGAGAUGUUAAGACAGGUGACGGGCCUGCUGGAGCUGGUGAGGUGGAGCAGUGAGAGCUCCCCCGAGGCUGCAGCCCUGUAUUACGACGAGCUGGCCAACCUCAUCCUGACCUCCGCCCUGGACCCUCAGGUGCAGGAAAUGAUUGGAAAGAGUGUCUUAAACGACUUUGAAAGGGACUUUGUCGUCGACCUGGGUCCAGAGGUCAAAGGCUCUUUCCCCUUCCCUCCUCGUGUCAUGUACAAUCUGGAUGAAGAGGAGACUCAGGGGGGCAUCGCCAUCAACCUGCUGCCCCUGCUGGCCAUGGACGUCCAGAACAAGGAGAACCAGAAUCCGAUGAAGAAAACAAAAGAACAGGUGUCUCCGCUCUGCUUGUCUCCUUUCUUCCGUCUCCUGAGGCUCUGCGAGGAGAAACAAUAUCACGCCGACCUGGAGGAGAUCGACGGGCUCCUCGGAUGCCCUCUGAUGCUGACCGACAUGGACGUAGUGGAGAAGAUGGAGAGCAUGUCUAAAGCUGAGAAAGAUUUCCUCUGCACUCUGCUCUUUCACACCAUCAACUGGUUCAGAGAGGUGGUGAACGCCUUCUGCAGCCAGAAAGGCACCGAGAUGAAGAUGAAGGUGAUGACUCGCCUGCAGAACGUCACGUACCUGCAGACGCUGCUGGAGCGCGCUCUGGCAGGAACGCCGGGUUUUAUUCCACCUGUUUGCAACUUUGACGGAGAACAGACAGAUGGGAUUGUUCUCAGCUCCUCUGCUCAACUGAGUAAGACAAAAAAAGACGGGACGGGAAAGAAGAGGAAAGCCUCCAGCAAGAACUCUUCUGACAGGAGCUCCCAGCUCGAUGACGGGAACGAAGCAGAGGAAACUCAGCAGGAGCAGCCUGAAAAGGAGAGCCGGCCGGGCGUGAGCCUGGCGGCCUACAGGCAGUUCUUCCGGGAGCUGGACCUGGAGGUGCUCAGCGUCCUGCAGUGCGGCUUGCUUUCCCGCUCGCUGCUCGACUCAGAGCUCCACACCGACGUGCGAGAGGAGGUUCUGCUGGGUCCCGCUGAGCUGGUCUUCCUGCUGGAGGACAUGCUGCGGAAGCUGGAGUUCAGCCUGACCGCGUCCCCAACCAAGAGAGCGCCUUUCCUCAAAGGAAGGACGGAUAAGAGCGUCGGCUUCUCCCACCUGCAGCAGAAGACGUCCAGAGACGUCGCCUCCUGCUGUGUUCAGCUGAUGCCCGCCCUCUGCUCACACCUGGAGAACUGCCACAAUCAUUUCCAGACUGUGCUGUCAGAGAACAAAGGCGUUGUGGACGGUCCUGCCACCGACGCGCAGGAACACCAGCUGAUGUCCUCCUGCUACCAGCUGCUGCUCCAGGUCCUGAACACCACUUUGAGCUGGUCUGGCUUCAGCCAGCCAGGACAGCGGGGCUUACUGAAGAAGGCACUCGGGGUUCUGGCCGGACGACUCAAAGAGGGAGAGGCUGAGUUGGCUCUGGAGCAGCUUGCAAAACACAGUUUUGAGUACCUGCUGAACUUCCGCAGCACGACGCCGAGCCUCAGCACGGCGCUGUGUCUCUCUCAGCUCGUGUCCACUGUGUCUGAGAGGGGAGGAAACGCUGCUGCCUACAGAGAGCAGACCGCUUCCCUGGCUCGUGGUUUCCUGACCCAGAGCUGGGUGACAGCCAGCGGGGAGCGAGAGCGAGGGAACACAUUCAACAAAGCACUUCAUACUCUGCUGAGCAUCUACCUGGAGCACGCUGCCGACGUUCUGAAGGCAGUGGAGGAAAUCGCCGGGCAGGGAGUCUCUGAAAUCCUCAAUGCUUCAAAAGACGAGUGCUCCGCCUCCUGGCCCACCCUCAACAGACAAACCUUCCUGGUGUUUUACAAAGUGUUGAUGGCGGAGCUGGAGAAAGCCGCACGCAAGAUUCCUGCCUGCAAAAUGAAUGACAGCAGUGAGAGUCAGUGUGAGAAGCUGCUGAUGUGGAACCUGGCCGUCAGAGAUUUUCACAUCCUGGUCAACCUUGUUAAGGUGUUUGAUUCACGACCAGUCCUGAACGUUUGCCUGAAGUAUGGCCGCCUCUUCCUGGAGUCUUUCCUGAAGCUGGGGAUGCCGCUGCUGGACUACAGCUUCAAAAGGCACAAGGAGGACGUCCAGAGCCUGCUGAAGACCUUCCAGCUCAGCACUCGGCAGCUCCAUCACAUGUGCGGACAUUCAAAGAUUCAUCAGGACACCAGCCUGACCAACCACGUCCCGGCCGUGAAGAAGAGCCUGGAGCUGUUCAUCUACCGGGUGAAGGCCAUGCUGACGCUCAACAACUGCCAGGAGGCCUUCUGGAUGGGCAACCUGAAGAACCGCAACCUGAAGGGUGAAGAGAUUCUUUCCCAGAGGUCACAAGGAAGUGAUGAGGAAGAGGAGGAGGGAGAGGAGCAGCCUUUAUCACCACUACAGGAAGAGUCGGAGGAUGAGACCCUGGACAGCGACGCAGACGACGUGAAGAAGACCAACAGAGGCGGCGAGUUGGAACAAGCUCCAAUUUCAGAUGAUUCAGAGUAACGAUUCUGAACGAACGUAUGUUAACUAAAGUAUGCAAAGGUUUUUUAAUGUUUGUAUUUUGGUUGAAAAUGAGGUAUUUCUUCAGUUCCUGUGAAGAUUUAGACACAGAUUUACUUCACAGUACACAGUAAUUCAUACUUAUUUUUGUUCUCGUCUUCUCACAUGGAGGUAAUAACAUUUAAGAAAGGCUGUCAAACUUGACAGCAUUUUAUGUACUAUUUUAUGCACAAAAAAGUGUCAUGUAAAGUUUGUCCGGGAAUUUAAUAAAAUGUCCUGAUUUUGACCUCGA